GAACUUGCCAUUUUAUGUAGUCCUCCAAUUCACGGGGCCACCAGCCCACCACUGGUACUUGAUAUCCACGAGCUGAGUGUUCAACAAAACCAAGUCAAGCUUUGCCGCCGCAAUUCCUGCACACACCGCUAAAGAUCCAUAUCCCAUCCGGGUCUAAUCGAAGCACAUCAUCUUCUUCACUGACAAUCAAUCAAUGGCUUCAGCUGCUAUUGCUUCAAGUUCUUCAUCUUUUAUCAACCAGCGGAGAAAUGAUGUGGGUUUGUCUUCUUUCUCGCCAAACACUUCAUUUUACCUUUCAAAUGCCAAGAAAAAGAUGGUUUCCAAGAAUAUUGUGUCUGUUAUGGCCCCACAGUCUCAAAGAACUCCUUCCACCACUGGCUCAGUUAAGACUGGAAUGACUAUGACAGAGAAGAUACUAGCUAGGGCUUCUGAGAAACCCCAGUUGAGCCCCGGUGAAAAUGUUUGGGUUAAUGUCGAUAUCUUGAUGACCCAUGACGUUUGUGGCCCUGGUUCUAUUGGGAUUUUCAAAAAAGAGUUUGGGCAAAAUGCUAAGGUCUGGGACCGUGAGAAGCUUGUCAUUAUACCUGAUCACUACAUAUUUACAAAAGAUGAGCGAGCAAAUCGAAAUGUUGAUAUUCUAAGAGAUUUUUGCAAUGAGCAAAAUAUCAAGUACUUCUAUGAUAUUAAUGAUCUUGGCAAUUUCAAGGCCAACCCAGAUUAUAAGGGUGUAUGCCAUGUUGCUCUUGCUCAGGAAGGUCACUGCAGACCUGGGGAGGUCCUGUUAGGAACAGAUUCUCACACAUGUACAGCUGGUGCAUUCGGUCAGUUUGCGACAGGUAUAGGUAACACGGAUGCUGGUUUUGUACUGGGCACAGGAAAGCUUUUGCUUAAGGUGCCUCCGACUUUGAGAUUUGUUAUGGAUGGUGAAAUGCCGGACUACUUGCUCGCCAAGGAUUUGAUUUUACAAAUUAUUGGUGAAAUUUCAGUCUCUGGUGCAACAUACAAGUCGAUGGAGUUUGUUGGGUCUACUGUAGAAAGCUUAAGUAUGGAGGAGAGGAUGACUUUGUGCAACAUGGUUGUUGAAGCUGGUGGGAAAAAUGGUGUUAUCCCAGCUGAUGCUACUACAUAUAAGUACCUUGAGGACAAAACAUCUCUGCCCUAUGAAGCACUUUACAGUGAUGAGAAAGCAAGAUUUCUUUCAGAGUACAGAUUUGAUAUCUCAAAGCUGGAGCCCCUGGUCGCAAAGCCUCAUUCACCUGAUAAUCGUGCACUAGCAAGAGAAUGCAAAGAUGUCAAAAUCGACAGAGUGUAUAUUGGAUCUUGUACUGGUGGAAAAACUGAGGAUUUUCUAGCUGCAGCUAAAGUUUUUCUAGCUUCAGGUAAAAAGGUGAAAGUUCCCACCUUCCUGGUCCCUGCAACCCAAAAGGUCUGGAUGGACGUGUAUAGCCUUCCAGUGCCAGGGUCUGGUGGGAAGACUUGUUCGCAGAUAUUUGAAGAAGCGGGCUGUGAUACACCUGCAAGUCCUAGCUGUGGUGCUUGUUUGGGUGGUCCAAAAGACACUUAUGCCCGCAUGAAUGAAGCACAGGUCUGUGUCUCCACAACCAAUAGAAACUUCCCUGGUCGCAUGGGUCACAAGGAAGGCCAAAUUUAUCUUGCCUCUCCAUAUACUGCGGCAGCAUCAGCUUUGACUGGCUAUGUAACUGACCCAAGAGAGUUCUUGCAGUAGGUGGCUGAGAUUGUACCCGCAAAGGUGACUUUGGUACUUGUGUUAAACUUGUUCAUUGGAGCUGAGAUAGCAGGUUCAGGAUCUGACUCAUUACCUUCUAAAGUCAAGAUUUUGAGUAUAGUAGUUUACUGUUGUCGUUUUUGUAUGCUAUGAGUUAAUAGUACACCGGGCAUUGUAAUGUCAGCUAAAUAUCUAACUUAAAACAUGGAUAUGAUAAUACAAUAUACCCAUAUAAAGCUUCUGUAUUCCUUUCUGACGAUGAAGAGCAAGGAGCUGGUGUUUGCA